AUGUCUGGCAACCUCACCGAGAGCAGCAACCCUCCCCUGGGGGAAGGAACAGGAACAGCAGCCCCCGUUCCUGACACCGCUAGCACGGCACGGGCCGCUACGGCUGCCGAUCCAGCCAUUCGCGGCAGCGCCGACAUCAACAUGGCCCCCGACCUGCCCAAGGAAAAGGUCCAGUUGCAGGGCGUCGAGCAGACUCUCCUGCCAAUGGUGCUGUUCAAGGCCCGCGACACCCUGAGCCCAAACCCCAUCUUGGGCGAUCAGUGGGCGAAACCGCUACUUGAUCAGUGCGAUAUCGAUAUGGAUGCGAGCCACUUCAAGUUCACUACAGACCCCCGUUACGUAACGUGGAUUGCCAAUCGCUCCAAGCGUCUUGACCAGUGGACUCAAGAAUUCCUCGACUCGCACGAGGAGCCCGUCACGGUCCUCCACCUCGCCUGCGGUCUGGACUGCCGUUACUUCAGAGUCAACAAGCCCUCCAACGUGCGAUGGAUUGAGCUGGACCAGCCGCUCGUGGUGGACCUGCGGAAACGGCUGAUCAUGCAGCCGCCCGGGGACUACACCCUGCGGACCUUGUCCGUCACAGAUGACGGCUGGUUCCGUGACAUUCCUGCUGAUCGACCUACCAUCAUUGUUGCCGAGGGCUUGGUGAUGUAUUUGGAGCAGGAGAAGGGUGAGAAGCUGAUACGGGACCUGGUCGAUUACUUCAAGGGCCCCAACGGCCAAGGCCAAUGCCAGCUUGUGUUUGACACCUUGGGCACGUUGUCCGUGCGUUUGACUUCGUACAUCAAGGCGCUGAGGACGAGCAAGUCGGUUUUCAAGUGGGGUAUUGAUGAGCCCCAACAAAUCGAGAGGCUUCAUCCGCAGCUCAAGAUGCGGGAUCGAAUUCUAUGGCGCGAAUUUAUGGACAGCCACCCGCCAUUCUUUGGCAAGUACGGAACUCUGGCGGCCUCCGUGAUGCCGUCUUUCGAGAAGAACAUUCAGUUCUGGAGAUUCGAGUUCUGA